UGUUUAUAUUUUAAUUCGAGUUCGAAGAAAAAUAAUAUAAAAAUAAAAUUUUUAUUAUGAAUUCGAAAUUUCUAAUUUUGACGACAAUUGUCCUUUUAGCCUUAGCUCAGCAAUCAAAUGCAGGUCUCUUCAGCAAAUUUACCAACCUCUUUGGUGGAAAAGGAGGAUCGGAAAAUAAGGCAGAGAUCCAAGGAGGCGCAGCAGGAGGCAUAGGAGGAAGCAUAGAUGGCAUAGGAGGAGGCAUCAGUGGAGGCAUUGUUGGAAGCAUUGGAGGAAGUGCUAGUGGCACAGAAGGUGCCAUUGGAGGCAGCAUAGAAGGUGGCAUAGCAGGUAGCAUAGGAGGAGACAAUGAUGGAAACAAAAAAGCAGAUGCUCCCUCAGGUUGGGGCUCAAAGUUUGCAGCUGCCGCUGGUAAUGGUCUUAGCUCUAUGGGCAGUAAAAUCAGUGGUGGAAUUUCAUCUGUAGGUAGUGCAGCAGCUAAUGCUAUUGGAUCAGCUAGUAGUAAAGUAAGUGGUGGUGUGUCCGCUGCAGCAAACACUGCAGCUAAUGCAGCCAUGUCCAUUGGUAAAGCUGCUGACAAGGUUGGUGGAGUUGUCGCCAAUGGAGUCCAAAAUGUAAAGGACGGAGCUGGCAAAGUUGUUGGUAAGGUUCAAAAUACUGUAAGUAAUGUUGGACAAUUCGCUGGAAAUGUAGCUAGUAAUGCAGCUGGACUAGUUGCCAGUGGUGUCCAAAAUGUAAAGGAUGGAGCUGGAAAAGUUAUUGGUAAGGUUCAAAAUGCUGCAGGUGCUGCUGGACAAAUCGCUGGAAAUGCUGCUGCCAAUGCUGGUGAAAUUGCUGCCAAUGGUGCCGAAAUUGUAAAGGACGCAGCUGGAAAUGUUAUUAAUAAGGUUCAAAAUGCUGCAGGUGCUGCUGGACAAAUCGCUGGAAAUGCUGUGGCCAAUGCUGGUGAAGUUGCUGCCAAUGGUUCCGAAAUUAUAAGGGACGCAGCUGGCAAUGUUAUUAACAAGGUUCAAAAUGCUGCAGGUGCUGCCGGUCAAAUCGCUGCCAAUGGUGCCGAAAUUAUCAGGGACGAAGCUGGCAAUGUUAUUAACAAGGUUCAAAAUGCUGCAGGUGCUGCCGGUCAAAUCGCUGCCAAUGGUGCCGAAAUUAUCAGGGACGAAGCUGGCAAUGUUAUUAACAAGGUUCAAAAUGCUGCAGGUGCUGCCGGUCAAAUCGCUGGAAAUGCUGUGGCCAAUGCUGGUGAAGUUGCUGCCAAUGGUGCCGAAAUUAUAAGGGACGCAGCUGGUAAUGUUAUUAACAAGGUUCAAAAUGCAGCAGGUGCUGCCGGUCAAAUCGCUGCCAAUGGUGCCGAAAUUAUCAGGGACGAAGCUGGCAAUGUUAUUAACAAGGUUGAAGAUGCUGCAGGUGCUACCGGUCAAAUCGCUGGAAAUGCUGUGGCCAAUGCUGGUGAAAUUGCUGCCAAUGGUGCCGAAAUUAUAAGGGACGCAGCUGGCAAUGUUAUUAACAAGGUUCAAAAUGCUGCAGGUGCUGCCGGUCAAAUCGCUGCCAAUGGUGCCGAAAUUAUCAGGGACGAAGCUGGCAAUGUUAUUAACAAGGUUCAAAAUGCUGUAGGUGCUGCCGGUCAAAUCGCUGCCAAUGGUGCCGAAAUUAUCAGGGACGAAGCUGGCAAUGUUAUUAACAAGGUUCAAAAUGCUGCAGGUGCUGCCGGUCAAAUCGCUGGAAAUGCUGUGGCCAAUGCUGGUGAAAUUGCUGCCAAUGGUGCCGAAAUUAUAAGGGACGCAGCUGGCAAUGUUAUUAACAAGGUUCAAAAUGCUGCAGGUGCUGCCGGUCAAAUCGCUGGAAAUGCUGUGGCCAAUGCUGGUGAAAUUGCUGCCAAUGGUGCCGAAAUUAUAAGGGACGCAGCUGGCAAUGUUAUUAACAAGGUUCAAAAUGCUGCAGGUGCUGCCGGUCAAAUCGCUGGAAAUGCUGUGGCCAAUGCUGGUGAAAUUGCUGCCAAUGGUGCCGAAAUUAUAAGGGACGCAGCUGGCAAUGUUAUUAACAAGGUUCAAAAUGCUGCAGGUGCUGCCGGUCAAAUCGCUGGAAAUGCUGUGGCCAAUGCUGGUGAAAUUGCUGCCAAUGGUGCCGAAAUUAUAAGGGACGCAGCUGGCAAUGUUAUUAACAAGGUUCAAAAUGCUGCAGGUGCUGCCGGUCAAAUCGCUGCCAAUGGUGCCGAAAUUAUCAGGGACGAAGCUGGCAAUGUUAUUAACAAGGUUCAAAAUGCUGUAGGUGCUGCCGGUCAAAUCGCUGCCAAUGGUGCCGAAAUUAUCAGAGACGAAGCUGGCAAUGUUAUUAACAAGGUUCAAAAUGCUGCAGGUGCUGCUGGACAAAUCGCUGGAAAUGCUGUGGCCAAUGCUGGUGAAGUUGCUGCCAAUGGUGCCGAAAUUGUAAAGGACGCAGCUGGCAAUGUUGUUGACAAGGUUCAAAAUGCUGCAGGUGCUGCAGGUCAAAUCGCUGGAAAUGCUGUGGCCAAUGCUGGUGAAGUUGCUGCCAAUGGUGCCGAAAUUAUAAGGGACGCAGCAGGCAAUGUUAUUAACAAGGUUGAAAAUGCUGCAGGUGCUGCCGGUCAAAUCGCUGGAAAUGCUGUGGCCAAUGCUGGUGAAAUUGCUGCCAAUGGUGCCGAAAUUAUAAAGGACGCAGCUGGCAAUGUUAUUAACAAGGUUCAAAAUGCUGCAGGUGCUGCCGGUCAAAUCGCUGGAAAUGCUGUGGCCAAUGCUGGUGAAAUUGCUGCCAAUGGUGCCGAAAUUAUAAGGGACGCAGCUGGCAAUGUUAUUAACAAGGUUGAAAAUGCUGCAGGUGCUGCCGGUCAAAUCGCUGGAAAUGCUGAGGCCAAUGCUGGUGAAGUUGCUGCCAAUGGUGCCGAAAUUAUAAGGGACGCAGCUGGCAAUGUUAUUAACAAGGUUCAAAAUGCUGCAGGUGCUGCCGGUCAAAUCGCUGGAAAUGCUGUGGCCAAUGGUGCCGAAAUUAUAAGGGACGCAGCUGGCAAUGUUAUUAACAAGGUUCAAAAUGCUGCAGGUGCUGCCGGUCAAAUCGCUGGAAAUGCUGUGGACAAUGCUGGUGAAAUUGCUGCCAAUGGUGCCGAAAUUAUAAGGGACGCAGCUGGCAAUGUUAUUAACAAGGUUGAAAAUGCUGCAGGUGCUGCCGGUCAAAUCGCUGGAAAUGCUGAGGCCAAUGCUGGUGAAGUUGCUGCCAAUGGUGCCGAAAUUAUAAGGGACGCAGCUGGUAAUGUUAUUAACAAGGUUCAAAAUGCUGCAGGUGCUGCCGGUCAAAUCGCUGGAAAUGCUGUGGCCAAUGGUGCCGAAAUUAUAAGGGACGCAGCUGGCAAUGUUAUUAACAAGGUUGAAAAUGCUGCAGGUGCUGCCGGUCAAAUCGCUGGAAAUGUUGUGGCCAAUGCUGGUGAAGUUGCUGCCAAUGGUGCCGAAAUUUUAAAAGACACCGCUGGCAAUGUUAUUGACAAAGCUGGACAAAUCGCUGGAAAUGUUGCUGCCAAUGUUGGUGAAAUUGCUGCCAAUGGUGCCGAAAUUUUAAAAGACACCGCUGGCAAUGUUAUUGACAAAGCUGGACAAAUCGCUGGAAAUGUUGCUGCCAAUGUUGGUGAAAUUGCUGCCAAUGGUGCCGAAAUUGUAAAGGACGCAGCUGGCAAUGUUAUUAACAAGGUUCAAAAUGCUGCAGGUGCUGCCGGUCAAAUCGCUGGAAAUGUAGCUGCCAAUGUUGGUGAAAUUGCUGCCAAUGGUGCCGAGAUUGUAAAAGACACAGCUGGCAAUGUUAUUGACAAAGCUGGACAAAUCGCUGGAAAUGUUGCUGCCAAUGUUGGUGAAAUUGCUGCCAAUGGUGCCGAAAUUGUAAGGGACGCAGCUGGCAAUGUUAUUAACAAGGUUGAAAAUGCUGCAAAUGAUGUUGGACAAGUUUCUGAUGACAUUAGUUACGAUGGCAACAUGUCUGGACAGAUUGCCAUUUGUUCUGGAAAACCAGAUGAGUCCGCUUCUUCCGAUGGAGCCUCUCUAUCUGGCCAAGCUGAAAUUAUUAUUACUCAAUCAGGUUCUAUGAGUGGACCUAUUGUCUACAAAUUCGGACAUACCUCAAAUAUUGAUGAUUCUGUUGAUGGUGGUUCAUCAACUAUUGAAGCUGUUGAGGCUUAGUCAAAAUUAUUUUCUUUUGAUUUAAAUAAAAAAACGAAAAAUUUCUUAAAUGAUUAAAAAAUACAUGUAUGUGUUUAUAAAUUAAAAAGUUAACGAAAAAUUAAAUUGUUUAUUUCUAUAAA